CCUACCAAAGCCUACUCCCACACUUUCUUCCUAUGGAACCCCCAUCCCCUAUCUUUCUACAAUUCUGAGAGGAUUGGGAAGCCUUUAUAACAACAACAUCCACAGAUUUCCUUUCAAAUAGAAUAUUUUUUUUUUGGGGGGUUCCUUAAGAGAGGGGGCAGGGCUUUAGAGGAGGAGUGAGGACCCGACUAAUGGGAAUCAAGACCCCUAUCUCAUAGGGGACCCUCUUGGAAAAAUCUUUCUUUCUUGAUGAAUGAUAUGGUUUUCCAUAAAUCGAUAUGAAUGGAGGAUGCCUCUUGAACUUCUUAAUCCAAGUUCCAGUGGUGGGCAGUCGGUGCGCUCUUUCUUGAUUAACUUGGGUAAAAAUGUCCGGAUGAACUACAUAUGGUCUGAUACCUAUCUUCUUGUUGAGUUGGAGUGGUAGGUUAUGUAGGCGCUCGAAAUUGCUUCUCACUAGACAAGAUGGUACAGCAAUGAGGGUUCGACCCAUUUCUAUUUCCGGCAAAAAAGAAAAGAAAGUUGCAGACCUGCUUACAUUAUACAUUUUAUUUUUAGAGUGAAGUGAGCUCAUUCAGACAGGGAGGGCGCACGAACGGAAGGAUAAAACUGUCUUAAUUAAACCCUUAGGAGAGUGCAGUGAACAAGCAAGGAUACAGAAUGAGAUAAGACAGUUACCGAACAAUAAACCUUAUAUGAAGUACUGAAUGAGUACUAAGAGUGAGACAGAAACCUAUCAAGUUACCCACUUCCAUCAGAAAAUCUACGGUGUGGUGUAGUGUAGCAAUGCAUUGGAAGUAUGGGUACUCUAAUCCCAAGGGCAAUCUUCGUGAGCUUGCCAACUUUUUAUAGAAUUUACAAGAAGAAAACCACGGAAGGGUUUCAAGCAAUUCCAUACAUAACAGCACUCUUCAGUUUAACACUUUGGAUUUAUUAUGCAAUAUUUGUGAAGGAUGCAACAUUUCUCAUCACCAUAAAUAUCUUUGGAAUUGUUAUUGAAUCAAUAUAUAUUGCCAUAUUCCUAAUCUAUUCCCCCAAGAAAGCCAUGCUUUCCACAAUCAAGAUUAUUCUGUUGUUGAAUGUGUUUGGAUUUGGAGCUAUAGUUCUAUCAACUUUAUACCUUAUAAAAGGAGACAAACGUGUUACACUUAUAAAAUGGUUUAACCUCAUCUUAAACAUUUGUAUAUUUACUUCCCCUCUUGACAACUUGAGAUGUGUGGUGAAGACAAAAAGUGUGGAAUUCAUUCCAUAUGUGAUUACACUCUUUAAUGCAAUGCUUUGGAUUUACUAUGCAUUGCUGAAGAAAAAUUGUGCUCUUCUAAUAAUCAUCACUAGCACCUUUGGAGUUGUUGCAGAAAUGGCGUACCUUCUAAUUUUCUUAUUUUAUGCUCCAAGCGUCUUGCUAUCAUUGGAUGGAUUUGACUCGUUUUCAACAUUAAUAUUUUCGCUGCGCCUCUCUUCAUCAUGGUAUGUAAUAACUACUAAUAAGUAA